UCAAAACAAACUAUGAUAAGGAGUACCUCAGUUUAAGGAGCUGAAAGAUAAACAGAAGAAAAUUAUGUAGUAAUAAUAAUGCUGUGAUAAUACCCUGUAAACUUGUAUCUCAUACACUGUAUCUCAUUGUAUCUCCUACACUGGGCACUUAAAUCCAGGUGCCACCAUGGUCAGGUCCUUGGGGAGAUCAAUCAUCCUCAUGUGCACACAUGACUUUCCUUACUGCAUGUGGCACUUCUUCUCCCUCUUUCUAUGAAAGCAUCCCUCCUGCCACUAUGUCAUCCUCAUGGCCUCAUGACCUCUGCUAGCAAUGAUAAACUUCUAAAAACUCUUCCUCCCAAUAUUAUCCUAUGGGAGCUUAUAGUUGAUAAAUUCAUUUCACAUAAUAACAGUGCAAUGCAAGUUAUUGAACCUAAGAUACUCUUUACAAAAAAAAAAAAACCUUCAAAGUAUUUUUAAAUUUGAUUGAGAUAAAGCUUCAGUAUCCCUUGUCCAAAAUGCCUGGGCUAGCAAAACUCAGGUUGUUUUCACCAUACCCAAUCACCUGGCACAAUCAACCUAUAAAGAGACAAAGUUUGUGUUGGCUUAUGGUUUCAGAACUUCCAUGGCAUAAUUUGGCAGAUCUGUUGAUUUAGGACCCUCACGAUAAUGCUGGACCACAGUGUUGGUCAACAUGUAUCAAAGCAAGCUGUUCACCCCACAGUCAGAAUGCAAAAUCAAUACAAGAGACAGGUCACACAAACCCCUUCACGGACAUUCACUCAACACCGAAACACCAUCACUAGACCCCACACACUAAAUGUUCUACAACUUACCACAGCCAGAGAGAUGGCUCAGCGGUGAAGAGCACUGGCUGCCCUUCCAGAGGACUCAAAUUCAAGUCCCAAACCCCACAUGGCAGCUCACAAGUGUCAAGUUCCUAUUCACUGGGCUCCGCAAGCCCUCCACACAUGUGGUGCACUUACAUACAUUCAGGCAAUACGCCCAGACACAUGUUUUAACUUCUUUUUUUUUUUUCAUUAUCAAAUGCUUUAUUUAUUUAGAAGUAGUAUGGAAUAAAAUCAAAGCGUGUUGCUAUCACUAUGACACAUACCCACGAUACGUCUACUACUCAUAAAGAGAAAAGGUACAUCUUGGGUCAUGGCUGUAGAGGUCCAUAUGGGGACAAACUCAUUACUUUUAGGCCUUUGGCUGUGGGAACACAGCACAGGGAAUGUGUGAAUAACAACACACCCUUCAUGUACAGUUGAAAGAGAUCUACAGAAGGGCUGUAGUCCCACUGCCCCUUAAAGCACGCUCCUCAAUGACCUAAAGACCCACUGCUGGGCUCUACCCCCUCGUAGUGGAAUUCUAGUAGAAUCAUUGUAUAGAGGGUAAAUGUUAGAAUGAAGGAGUUGUUUUUCACUGUCUCUAGGGUAGGUUUCCUAUUAUCUAUGGAGUUGUCUUUCUGAAGGCGAUUUCAGCCUUUGCAUGGCUUUGGUCACAAGAUAGCCGAGGCAUCCAGAACAGCUUAUAAUGCUGGGUGCUGCAAAAGGUGCACAGAAAGGACUGAGUCGCUGGGGCGUGGUGCUCUCCUUCAUGAAACAUGCAGAUCAGAUCAAGGGCUUUGGCACGAGGAAUUUGUUUUAUCCAAAAGACAACUUUAUGUAGCAAUCAGUAAACAUGCUUUUGUGAGGCUGUUCGAGAUUCAGUACACAGAGGCUGGGUCACCCUGCUGCCAGCAAGGCCCUAACACCUUGCAGUGUCUCUCUUUCUCAGAUCUACCCACAAGACUCCGAACACCAACACCCUCGACAUGGUCAUGCCACUUCACGUUGGUAACAAGCUGGGGACUAAGUCUUCAACACUUUUGGGGAGGUGUCACUUAAGAGCCAAAUUAUACUGCAAAGGUUCUGGAGUCAGAGAGCACGUGUUCAGACUUGGCCACUGACUAGCUGUGUGACCCUGAAUAACUACACUGAGCUCUCCAGACUUCAGCACCCUCACUCACAAAGGAAAAAAAAAACAACACUUGGGCAUCAACCCAGAGCAGACACUAUUGCCAAGCGCUGACCCCUUUCCUCAACACCUGCCUUCCAGUUGCUUUGAAAGCUCAUGUUAAUCCCUCCUCUGAGAACUUGCUGCUUCACAGGAGUGCUACCCACUCAUCCCUGCAUGGCCUACAACCAAGGACUGACUGAGUGCUAAGAAAGGCCUCAGGCCUCUCCCUGUGAUGUUUUAACUUCUUUACAAUAGAAUAACUCUUUAAAGAGGAAAUAGGAGAGUAUGUGAAAGAAAAGAAAAAUACAUCUUCAAGAAUGUCAGAUUUGCAGUUGUCUUCACACUAGGCUAAUGAGAAGAUUUUCUUUAAAAUUCCUCAGUUCCACAUAAGACUGAAACUUCACUGUGAAACUCACUCCUUAUGUUGCUAUUUUUCCUACAAGUAAAUUUUUUUAAAUGGGUGAUUUUUAAAUUUAGUAAUUUUUUUGAAAUUUGUUUCUUCUUCACUGUGAGCUAAGGAGCAAGUUGUCUCAGAAUAAAUACGGAGCCCUAUUGGUUGAUGAAUGGUAAAAACAUCAAUGUGUCAGUGAAGUGGAAACAAUUUGACAAAAUCCCAAAGUGCUGACUCAGGCGGCUGAAGCAGGAGGAUUUGCAAGUUAGACAAUGUGAUAGAUGGUAAGAACAGAGUAACAAGAAUAAAUUCAGAUUGCAGCUGGGUUUGUUUGGGGUUUGUUUGUUUGUUUGAAGACAGGUUCACAUGUAGCACAGGCUAGCCUCAAACAUCCUUUGAAGCCAAACAAGAACCUUGAACUACUGAUUCUCUUCUCUCCACCUCCCCAGUGAUUACAGGUGUAUACUGCCAUGCCCAGAUAAACUUAAGUUUUGUCCUCAUUGCUACCUAGGAAGAAGAGCAUUAAAGCACAAUGAAUUUCCUUUGGCAUUAGUAUUGGGAUACCCUUCACAUCUGCCUUCUCUUCUAAGUUAGAGGCUCUAUAAGAGCUUUAAGGCUGGGUUCAAGAUUGUAUUCAAUUUGUCCUCAUAGUUUGAACUAAUAAAUGCUUGUAAAGUUAUUUUUCAAAAUUGGAGAAAUAUACAAGAAAGAAAACAAACUAAUGGAAAGCAACAAAGAAAAACAAAGACUGGGAUGCCAUGAGAUAGGCCUUGGUACUACAAUCACUGAGUCUUCAGCUGGAAACCAAUUCUACAGUCAUGCUAGCUGUCUAUUUGUGGAAAAAGCUUCAUUGUCUAAGAGGCAGGCAUUGAAAGUAAGCACAAGUCAAUCUUUCCGGAAGCCAGGAAGGAUGGACUGUUAGCAACUGUUCCUGUAGUGGGCAUGCUCAGGGACAGUGAAGUGGAGAAGCUGAAGAAGAGUUCAAACCACCAUCCAGUCCUUUUUCAAGUGGAUGACAAAUCUCUGGAGUUCAUGGCUAAGGAUUUCCAAAUGCCUCUUGAACAAUUGAAAAGAAAACUCAAAUCUCCUUAUUUGUUGAAAAAUGAGGAAGAGGAAACAUUAGGAGAAAAACUUUGGAAAUAUUUGGAGAAAACUGGCUUACAUAUUACUGGCCCAGGAGUGGCUGUGGAAGAGGGGGUGAAAAGACUAUAAGAGCCAGAAGUGGUUGAUGACUACAAGAAAGCAGCAUCUUCAGGACACAGCGGGAAAAGCUCAUAGAGCACAACUGAUGUCUUGAACAGAAUCCAGAAAAACCAAAGGCCCAGGAGUGGCUGUGGAAGAGGGGGUGAAAAGACUAUAAGAGCCAGAAGUGGUUUAUGACUACAAGAAAGCAGCGUCUUCAGGACACAGCGGAGGUUUCAAGGGGAGAGUCUGGAACAGCGGAGUGGUUCCUGCAGCUGAACUACAGGCUGUGAAUCCACUGGACACAGGUUUUCUGUGACUCUUUUUGCUCACAGUCAUGGGUCAGCUCCUCUCUUGUACACCUAAGGAUGAAGACCUUGGAAAUUUGUUAUCCUGCUUCAUUGACUGUUUUAAGACAUAUAAGCCAGAAAACAAAAUCAUUUCUGAGGACAUCAUCCAAUCAGUUGGGUCUCACCUGCAAACAGAAAACAUUAGGGAGAUAAGCUCCGUAAUCAGUGAAGCAUUACAAAACAUUGAUAAUGCCUCAAUAAAUAUUGCUGUGACAGGAAUGUCUGGAGUAGGGAAGUCUAGUUUAAUCAAUGCCCUUAGGGGAGUUGGAGCUGAGGAGAAAGGUGCUGCUGAAACAGGGGUGGUAGAGACAACCAUGAAGAGAACUCCUUACAAACACCCCAAAAUUAAAACUUUGACUUUAUGGGACCUGCCUGGUAUUGGAACCCAGAAAUUUCCACUAAGUGAUUUUCUGGAGAAAGUAAAAUUCCAAGAAUAUGACUUCUUCCUUAUCGUUUCUGCCUCUCGUUUUUCACAACUUGACCUAGACCUGGCCAAAGAAAUAGAACGUAUGGGAAAGAAUUACUACUUUGUGAGAACCAAGGUGGAUGUUGAUUUAGAAAAUGAAAAGAAGAGCAAACCAAGUACUUUUAACAGAGAAAAUAUCCUGGAGCAGAUCCGGAGCUACUCUGUGAAUACCUUCAGUGACUAUGGCAUGAAUGCACCUCAGAUUUUCUUGAUCUCUAACCACAAUUUAUCUGACUAUGAUUUUCCACUCCUGAUGGACACCCUGAAUAAGGAUCUUCCUGUUCUGAAGCGCCAUAAUUUUAGGCUUUCCUUGCCUAAUGUUACAGAGGCAGCCAUUGAAAAAAAGCACAAGUCUAUGCAGCAGUUUCUCUGCCUGAAAGCCAUGAAGGAUGAACUUUUAGCGGGUGUUUCCAUAGGGGGCAUAUUCAGAGACAGUUAUGUGGAAAAGCAGAAGAUUUUAAACCUCUGUCGAUACCACUUUGGAGUGGAUGAUGAAUCCCUGAAGCUAAAAGCUAUGUAUCUCCAAAUGUCUAGUGAACAACUGAAAAGUAAACUUAAAUCUCCUUCUUUGGAAAUUAAGAAAGAGGAAGAGAACAUUGAGAAAGAGGAAAAAUUUUUUAUGAAGUUUUGGAAAUUUUUGAAGACUAUUUUAGAUAUUCUCCUUACAGUGGUUGAAGAUGCAAAAGUUAUCCUUAGAGAGAUGUGUUCAAAAACGUAGCUCAAACUCAACUCACCCACAGCUAUUGAGAAUUACAAAAACAAAUAAUUAAUAUUAGUACGUAAAUAAAUUCCACUUCUUUACACUAGCUAAUCAACUGCCACCAUGGGAAAACCUAAGGAUAAAGUUCAUAAGUAUUAAUAUGUAAGAAGCUGACAAUCCCAAAUCCCUCUUCAAUUCUCUACAAUCCCCAAGAGGAGCUUCCUCUCCAUCUUUUUUUUAAAUUUGUUUAUUUUUAUUAAUUACAGUUUAUUCACUUUGUAUCCCCCCAUAAGGCCCUCCCUCCUCCCCUCGAAGUCCCAUCCUCCCUCCCUCUUCUUCACACAUGCCCCUCCCCAAGUCCACUGUUAGGGAGGUCCUCCUCUCCUUCCUUCUGAUCUUAGACUAUCAAGUCACAUCAGGAAUGGCUGCAUUGUCAUCUUCUGUGGCCUGGUAAGGCUGCUCUCCCCUCAGGGGGAGGUGAUCAAAGAACAGGCCAAUCAGAUUAUGUCAGAGGUAUUCCCUCUUUCCAUUACUAUGUAACCCACUUGGACUUAGUUGCCAUGGACUACAUCUGUGCAGGGGUUCUAGGUCAUCUCCAUAACUGGUACUUGGUUGGAGUAUGAGUCUCUGGGAAGACCCCUGUGUUCAGAUUUUCUGGUUCUGUUGCUCUCCUUGUGGGGUUCCUGUCCUCUCUAGAUCUUACUAUUUCCCACUUCUUACAUAAGAUUCCCUGCACAUUGCCCAACAGUUGGCCAUAAGUUUCAGCAUCUGCUUUGAUAGGCUUCAGGGUAGAGCCUUUCAGAGGCCCUCUGUGGCAGGUUCCUAGGUUGUUUCCUGUUUUCUUCUUCUUCUCAUGUCCUUCCUCUUUGUCUUUCAAGAUGGGGAUUUAGCAUUUUAGUCAGGGUCCUCUCUCUUGAUUAGUAUCUUUAGAUGCACAAAUUUUAGUAUGUUUAUCCUUAUAUUACAUGACUAUCUGAGUGAGUAUAUACCAUGUGUGUCUUUCUGCUUCUGGGACAGCUCACUCAGGAUUAUCCUUUCCAGGUCCCACCAUUUACCUGAAAAUUUCAUGAUUUCCUUCUUUUUCAUUGCAGAGUACUACUCCAUUGUGUAGAUGUGCCACAAUUUCUGCAUCCAUUCUUCAGUUGAGGGGCAUCUGGGCUGUUUCCAGUUUCUGGCUAUUACAAAUAAAGCUGCUACAAACAUG